UUAAAAUCUCUGGUCGAUAGCUUUCCGACAGUCAGUUAGUGCGCAACGCUGUAAGAGGACGUUACCAAGCAAUCACCUAUUUUGUGUUCUUGAACUUGCUUGUCAUAACAACUGUCUUAAGAACUAGUGAGUCAAGUCGUAUUCGGGAGGAGAUUCUUUAUUUUGGACAAACUACUACGACGAGAAAAGGAGUAGUGGAAAGAAGCAUUCGAAGAGAAAUUAUAUAAAGAUUAGCCAUGUCACUGACAUACUUCCGCUACACGAAGAAUAACAAUUUUCUUACAUUAACACAGAGGGCUUUCUAUGAGAAGAAUGGAUAUUUAGUGUUUCCUCGCCUUAUACCGCAAAAUGAGCUUGAUAAAUACCAUCAAAGAUUCAACGAUAUCGUCAAGGGCAGAGUUCCACGAGAUAGAAUCGUAAUGAUGUACGACGUGAAGGACAAGAAGUCGGUAAAUAAGUUGCAGGACAUUAAUUUCGAUCCGGUGUUGCUCGAAUACAUCCAAUGCAAGAAAAUCCUUGACAUAACUGAGUGCUUCACCGGGCCAAAUAUUCUGGCGAUACACAACAUGCUCAUCGCGAAACCACCCGACUCCGGAUUCGGCACUUCCAAGCAUCCACCGCACCAGGAUCUGUACUAUUUCCCGUUACGUCCGGCUGAUCAUAUAGUGGCUGCGUGGACAGCUAUAGAACGCUGCGAUAAGGAAAACGGAUGCCUCUACGUGGCACCCGGAUCGCACCUUUCAGGCUUACUGCACGCCCACGAUUAUCCUUCCGGUCCGAUGAACAAGUUUUACCACGGUAUACAGGAUUUGCCGGACACGACGUUAUGGCUGGACCUCGAGAUGGAGCCUGGCGAUACAGUGUUCUUCCACCCGCUGCUCAUGCACGGAUCCGGCGUCAAUAAAUCCAAUCGGACGAGACUAGCCAUUUCUUGUCAUUAUGCAGCAGCGGAUUGCAAUUAUGAACUCGAACCGGUUCAACAACGCAUCGAGAGCGAGAUAUUGCAUUACGCAGGUAAAAAGUACCCUGAAAUCAAUAUAACGUACAAAGAUAUAUGGGAUAUAAAGACGGUCUUAGUACGCGGAAUCAAAUCGUCUUUGUAAUAUUUAACGUUAAAGAUUUGAGGACCGACAUACGGUCGAGUAUUAAACAUGUAUUUUUCAAGGGAGACGUAUUAAACGUAUUAAAUGCGAUUA